CGAUCCUUAGUGGAGUUUGACAUCACCACCCAUUCCAGAAAAAAUAGGGGACAAGGAAAAAGGGGGAGCACCCAUCGGGAAGGGGGGCUUUUAUAAGUUUUAAAAAACCGAGGAAAGACAGGAGGGGGAAAAAGGUGAUGUUGAUCGCCAACAUUGUCUCGGGCCUCGUACACAUCCUCGUCUUCUUCCGAGGCGUGGCCAGCCUCCAUUUCAUCCUGGACAACCUCCGGGAGCUCGAGCCCGACAGCCUGGCCGCCGCGUACUUCGCCUCCAGACUGCUACUCCCCCCCCCCGUGGCAGGCCACCCAGACGCCACUAUGGGAGCCGGAGCCGGAGCCGGAGCCGGAGCCCAAGACGGAGCACCUGUUGUAUCGGCCCCGCCGGCCGUGACCCCGAUCGCCCGGCUGCGAGGUCAGCACCACCACCUGCUGCAGCAGGAGAAGCGGCAACAAGAGGUAGGAGGAGGAGGAGGAGGAGGAGCCAGCUGCGGCUACGAGUCGCCCGAGGAUGAUCGCCCGCCCCCGGGGAUGUCGUCCGCCCUGGGGCCCCGCCGCGUGCAGUCCAACCCCGGCCCCGGCCCGGCACCUCGCAGCAAUAACAGGACCGGGCUCCGGGGUAAUAGCCUCAAUGGUGUGCUCUCGAGGACUAAGAAUAUGCGCGAUCCGGGACGGAAGGUCGGGAUCCGGGACCGGAUUAAAUGCUUUCAGUGGACGUGGUUCACCAUGACCAUGGCAACAGGCGGAGUCGCGAAUGUCCUCCACAGCAUUCCGUUUCGGUCGAGAUGGUUGACCAUCCUUGGCCUCAUUUUCUUCCUCCUUAACAUAUGCCUGUUCCUGACGAACUGCGUCCUAAUCACGCUUCGCUUCUGUUGGCAGUCGGGAAGUUUCAUCACCUCUUUCACUGACCAAGUCGAAUCUCUCUUCGUGCCUGCAUUUUUUGUCUCCGUCGCAACGAUACUUCUAACCAUAUGCGAAUACGGAGUUCCUCAUACAGGGCCGUGGCUCUUGAGUGCCAUGGAAGUAAUGUUCUGGGUGUAUGUCGGUGUCAGUAUGCUUGCCAGUGCCGGAAUAUACCUAGUCCUAUGGUCUACCCUGGUCUUUCCGAUACACACCAUGACACCUAUAUGGGUUUUCCCGGCAUACCCUCUGCUUCUGACGGCCCCUUUCGGCAGUACUCUCAUCGCCUCAGCCAUCAGCUCACAGCAGCUGGAACAUGUCAACGCCCUCGCCAUCAGCCUCGCUUCCAUGACUGUCCAGGGGACCGGUUUUUCAAUAGCGUUCAUGAUUUGCGCUGCGUUCUUGUACCGGCUUAUGACGCAAAAACUGCCACGAGACCAUCAACGGCCUGGUGUUUUCAUAUCCAUCGGCCCACCUGCCUUCACUGUUUCUGGCCUUCUCCUGCUAGGCAACGAAGCCCAGUACAUCUUCCCCAACGGUUUCAUGGGCGUCACGGGUGCCGCCCCCAUCCUCAAGUUACUUUCAGCGAUGGUUGGUUUGUGGCUUUAUGGCCUCAGCAUAUGGUUCUUCCUCGUCUCUGUUGGAUCUCUCUGGAAGUACGUCAUGCCGGAUCGCAAAAUGCCGUUCCAGAUGACAUGGUUCUCAUUCGUCUUCCCGAACACGGCGCUGGUGACCGCCACGAUACAGCUGGGGAGAGUGUUUGACAGCCGAGCGUUACAGAUCAUCGGCUGCGUCGUGGCUGCUUGCCUAAUUGUGGUUUGGCUUAUUGUUUUCACGUACAUGCUCCGUUGUCUGUGGAGGAGGGAGCUUCUUUGGCCCAAGGAGGUCGAAUAGGUUUCGCAUCUUGUCUGGCGUCUUGGAGCUUCGAGAGAGUAGGUUGGGCUAUCAGUUUGGUUGAUAUCACGUACUCUGGGAGGCAUUUUGCGAUGAAGGCGGCAUUGUUCUGGCGUUUCCGGAGAAAGGGCAUUCUGAGCAUAUAGUAGAUUCCGGUAAUGUCAAUAUUGAGUGAGAAUGGUGCUACACAUACGGGGUUACUAAAUCGAUCCUUUUUGC